AGCCUUCUUCCUGUACCACCAUCAUCGUGUUUGUCGUUUGCACCCUCGUUUUUGCCUUGCACACUUACCAUCACACUUGUCGUGACGUGAUAUGGUGCCAUGCCCCCUGCACAGGUUCUCUUAGGCGAAAUAGCUAGUAGGAUGCGAGGAUGUGAUGCCGGCAGAGGGAUGAAUGGUAUGGGUUUCUGUACUUCUCAGUCUCGAGCUUCAAGGAAGUGCUCCUAUAAAAUUUUGCUUCCCUACAGCCGGUGCGCGUCCUGCGGACGGCAUCUCGUGCUUCGGCAACUUCUGGCUCUACUUCCCUGCAGCAACCCCCAUGGAAACUACGACGCCGGGUUUUACGUACUGCGGUCGGCGCGAAGUGAACGACAAACAUGGAUCUGCGUUCAAAAACGGAUGACCGAAUGGUGACUUCACUUCGGAGACUCGGCAUGACGCUACUUUCGGCUGCAUGGGCUCGCGCUGGCAACGAGAUCGUCUGUUGGCGGCACCGCAAAGUUCUUGAGGUCGCCUUGCUCACCAUCUAACUGUCAGCGCCACGGUCGAUGGGCCAACACGCUUCUGUCUGGCCUUACUGUUACAACAUGUUCAACCUCUGUCCGUACUGUCCCGCGUAGUUACCCGACAUGCACCGAAAAGUCCAUGCCUGGCCGAAAAGGCUCGCUGCUGCUUCCGGGUUUACUGUCGUCCUGAGUGCUUUGACGGUCAUUUCGGCGAAAUAUACACUCUGCACGCUGGUCUGUCGCCUGGUAGGCACGCUCUGCGGGCCGUCAUGCACCGUAUGGAUGUCCCCCAGCAAAAGAGACGCGACUAGACGCUUGCCGGAAAUAGAGCCAUGUUUGCAUCACUGGUGUCGAUAAAUUAGUCCACCUGGAACAGCCUGGCGACCAGAACAGGAUGUCCAUCAGCUUAUCACACACAUAUCAGUUAAAUACCCAUCCUGGGCACCUCUCUCUUCACCUCCCCUUCUCUACUUAAACUACUACCACCACCGUCUUCCACUCUACCAGUCACACCGUUAACGACGAGCAGCACGAUGAGUCUCUACACCCCCAACAUGUCUCCCUCCGCCUCUGGAAGGUCUACUCCUCUUGCACACUUCAAAGAUUCUGUGAGUGCCUUGCAUAAACACGUAGCCUUCAACCUGGGCUCUUUGCUCGAUUACGCGCUGCACACAAUCCAAGACGUCGCGAACCAAAUGCUUAUUGCAAUGUCGUCUCAGGUCCAUGACACGCUCAGAAGUUUCACACACGAAGAUCAUUCGGAGGCCCACCAGGAAGAGGAGACUGUCCCCGGUAUCGAGCACCCCGGCAGCACGGGUGUCAUCUAUUGCUCAGAACGCGCCAUGGCAAACGGUUUCUCGUACACGUCUUCGCACGAGUGGGCGAACCUUGGCCAAGGAGCGCCCGAAGUUGGCGACAUUCCUGACGCCCCCACCCGCCCACAAAGCAUUCCUUUGCCUUUGGACUCACUCGAGUACGCGCCCACGACCGGUGUCAAGGCUCUGCGCGAGGCAGUCGCAAACCUGUACAACCACACGUACCGACAGGGCAAGGCAAGUCAAUACACUUACGAAAACGUCUGCAUUGUCCCUGGUGGUCGCGCAGGCCUUUCACGUGUCGCCGCGGUUAUUGGUGACGUUUACUGCUCGUAUCAAAUCCCGGAUUACACCGCCUAUGAUCAGAUGCUAGGCGCAUUCAAGCGCCUUGUGCCCGUCCCUACCGCGCUUGAGCCGGAAAAAAAAUACCGCAUGGACCUCGACCAGCUCCGUAAGGACAUUCGCACACAAGGCAUUGAAGUCGUCCUCGCGUCGAAUCCGCGCAAUCCUACUGGUCAAGUCGUUGAACGAGAAGAACUGCAGGAACUCGUGCGAUUGUCGCGCGAGUCGUCGACCACGCUCAUCCUCGACGAGUUCUACUCGUGGUACAUUUACUCGGAAAACGAGGCUGAGCUCGGCCGGUCCGUGUCCUCAGCAGAGUUCAUUGACGACGUCAACGAAGAUGCGAUCAUCAUCGUUGAUGGCCUCACGAAGAACUGGCGACUUCCCGGUUGGCGAGUCUGUUGGGUCGUCGGCCCUACAAACGUCAUCACUGCGCUUUCGCAGUCAGGAUCAUUCUUGGAUGGUGGUGCCAACCAUCCCCUCCAGCUUGCCGCCAUUCCGCUUCUCGACCCUGUCCACGCACACACCGAGAAGGUUGCUCUUCAGCGUCACUUUAAGCACAAGCGCGACCACGUCCUGAAGCGUCUUGAGCGCCUCGGCCUCAAGGUCGCUGUCCCGCCGCACUCGACCUUCUACAUCUGGUUGAACCUUGAACAUCUGCCCGCGCCGCUGAACAACGGCCUGACGUUCUUCGAGGAGCUGCUCAAGGAGAAGUGUAUUGUCAUUCCCGGUAUCUUCUUCGACAUCAACCCCUCGCACCGCCGGAACCUCUUCUCCUCGCCCUGCCACCACUUCGUGCGUCUGUCGUUUGGUCCACCGAUCGAGGAUCUCGACAUGGGUCUCGAUGCCAUGGCACGUGUGCUCAAGCGUGCUAAGAGGGAGGGCCUGCACGCGAUGGGGCACAGUUACAAGAAAAGCUUGGACGGCAGCGCUGCCAGCGCAUUGCACCGUCACGUCUAGAGAUUCCUGGAGCAUUAUUCAUGCCUCUGAGAGGCUUAUUCCGUUAUUUUAGAUCUCGUUCUUCCUACGUUAUACUAUGUAAUAUAAGACACGAACUCGAUAUGUAUGCCCCAAUGCCCCC